CUGAGUGUCCAUUAGAGGGAGUGCAGGGUCUCCUACAGACUCACAGUACGGAACUGAGUCAACGCAUUUUGUCAGAUAGUAGCAGGGUAGGGCGCAGGGCGGCUGGCCCCCGCAACAAGAAGAGAAGAAGAAGAAGAGUGAUCAGCUACUUCCCUAGCUGAACCCAUCAGCUAUCUAUCCGCAAUCAAUUGAUGUCUUCAGAUGAGCUUGUAAAGCUUUAAACUGUUGGUUUGAUUCGCCUGUUUGGUCGUCACAACCCAACACAACAACAUGACAGACCCUGCGGUGGCCGACACUCGCCGGUUGAACUCCAGGCCCCAGGACCUGACGGAUGCUUACGGGCCCCCCAGCAACUUUCUGGAAAUAGACGUUUAUGACCCACAAAUCGUUGGAGUCGGACGGAACCGGUACACUAAUUACGAAGUUCGCAUGCGGACAAACCUUCCCAUUUUCAAACUGAAGGAUUCCUGUGUGAGAAGAAGAUACAGUGACUUUGAGUGGUUAAAGAAUGAGCUGGAAAGAGACAGUAAGAUUGUAGUACCAUCUCUGCCGGGCAAAGCCCUGAAGAGACAGUUGCCAUUCCGCGGGGACGAGGGCCUUUUUGAGGAGUCCUUCAUCGAGGAGCGGCGAUCGGGCCUGGAGCAGUUCAUCAACAGAAUUGCAGGUCAUCCCCUGGCCCAGAACGAGCGCUGUCUUCACAUGUUUCUGCAAGAUGAAAGCAUUGACCGUAACUACAUUCCUGGAAAAGUAUGAAUGAAACAAUACAGACUGCUGCACCUGCCCCAUGUACAUUUAUUUCGACAUCACGUCAUUAUAAAGCUGGUGGAAAUGUCAGAACUGAUAAGUAUCAACGGUGUAGGGAAAACACAACUAUUGUUCCUGGACAAAACUAAGAGAUCCAAUGUAUAAAAUUGUUUGAUGUUGUGUCUUUAUUCAGUCAUUCCACAUACAGUAUGUACAUUAUUUUGAUUCAGUAAUCAGUGAGAAAGAAAAAAAACAAUGUUUCCAUAUAUCCUUUUUGUCAUAGCUAGAUUCUUUUUUUUUUUUUUACAAUGGAUUAUUAUGUUUUCUGAAUGUCUUUUAAAUUGAGUUUAAAAAUGAGGGUAAUUUUUCUGCUUUGAUUAAUGUCUUCUUUUGCUAGCGGAGAUGUGAUUUUGAUGAUAACCUCCCAAAGUCGAGCAACAUGUAGCACCAUGAAAAAGACAGUUGACAUUUCAUUCCAGUCAAUAUAUACUUUCCCCCUGAGUUUAAUGCUCUGAACAAGCUCUUAGACAGGAUUGUUUCAUGAUUACUUGUUUUAACUCUACUGUCUUAGUUACAUCUUCAUGCCUACACUUUGGCUGCGUGUUGUCAAAUCAGCUAUUGGGAAUGUUAAGUUAGGUAAAUAACCAUAUCUAAGCACUGUGACAAGAGGUUCAUUAUAUGAACAAUAUUUCAUUGUUUAAAAGGCGUAAUCAGCAUCUGGUUUAUUGAUCUGAAAUAAGGCUUUAUUCUGCGCUUAUUUUCAGCCGGUUUAUUCUUUCUAUCAAUAUUAUUGUGAGGUGUAUUAAUACAUGUUAUCAUUGCAGUUCCACUAUGGGUGACGAGGAACUUCCUUGUUAAUUCUGUCCACCGAUUAAAUUUCCUGCUGCCUGCUGUUUCAUGUCUACAUGUGUCUUUUCCGUUUUAAAAGAGGAGAAAUAGAAUCAGUGAAAAAAAAAACAAAAAAACUCACCUUCCAGUUUGUGAUUAAUG